GCUUGUAUUCUUUGUCAGCCCACAGUAAACAGGUGUGCAGGAACCAUUUGCCAUGGAAACCAGGGAGCUGGGGAGCCCACCAACUACCUACCAUCUCAUCCCUGGGACCAGCCAAUCCAGGGUAGAAGAAGAUGUCAGCCCAUCACCUCAAAAGUCCUCGGAAACUAUGCAGCUGAAGAAGGAGAUCUCCCUGCUGAAUGGUGUCAGCCUGGUGGUGGGCAACAUGAUCGGCUCAGGGAUCUUUGUCUCACCCAAGGGUGUGCUGGUAUACACUGCCUCCUAUGGAUUGUCGCUGGUCGUGUGGACCAUUGGUGGGCUCUUCUCUGUUGUGGGUGCCCUUUGUUACGCUGAACUGGGGACCACCAUCACCAAGUCGGGGGCCAGCUAUGCUUAUAUUUUAGAGGCCUUUGGCGGCUUCAUUGCCUUCAUCCGCCUGUGGGCCUCUCUUCUGAUUGUUGAGCCCACCAGUCAGGCCAUCAUCGCCAUCACCUUCGCCAACUACAUCAUCCAGCCUUCCUUCCCCACCUGUGACCCCCCGUACCUAGCCUGCCGUCUCAUCGCUGCUGCUUGCAUAUGUCUGCUGACGUUUGUGAACUGUGCUUACGUCAAGUGGGGCACACGUGUGCAGGACGCGUUCACAUACGCCAAGGUCCUAGCACUCAUUGCCAUCAUUGUCAUGGGCCUUGUUAAACUGUGCCAGGGACACUCUGAGCACUUACAGGACGCCUUUGAGGGUUCCUCCUGGGCCAUGAGAAACCUCUCUCUUGCCCUCUACUCUGCCCUCUUCUCUUACUCAGGUUGGGACACCCUUAAUUUUGUAACAGAAGAAAUCGAAAACCCAGAAAGAAAUUUGCCCUUAGCCAUUGGAAUUUCUAUGCCGAUUGUGACGCUCAUCUAUAUCCUGACCAACGUGGCCUAUUACACAGUGCUGAGCAUUUCAGAUGUCCUUAGUAGUGAUGCUGUGGCUGUGACAUUUGCUGACCAGACGUUUGGCAUGUUCAGCUGGACCAUCCCCAUUGCUGUUGCCCUGUCCUGCUUUGGGGGUCUCAAUGCAUCUAUAUUUGCUUCAUCAAGGUUAUUCUUCGUGGGCUCCCGUGAAGGCCAUCUCCCGGACCUUCUGUCCAUGAUCCACAUUGAGCGUUUUACACCUAUACCUGCUUUACUGUUCAAUUGCACCAUGGCACUCAUCUACCUCUCUGUGGAGGAUGUUUUCCUGCUCAUCAACUACUUCAGCUUUAGUUACUGGUUCUUCGUGGGCCUGUCGGUGGCUGGACAGCUCUACCUCCGCUGGAAGGAGCCCGAGCGGACCCGGCCUCUCAAGCUGAGCCUGUUUUUUCCCAUCGUGUUCUGCGUAUGCUCAGUGUUUCUGGUGAUUGUGCCCCUCUUCAGUGACACCAUUAAUUCCCUCAUUGGCAUCGGGAUUGCUCUCUCCGGGGUCCCUGUCUACAUCAUGGGUGUUUACCUGCCAGAGUCCCGGAGGCCACUCUUUAUUCGGAAUGUUCUUGCUGCUAUCACCAGAGUCACCCAGCAGCUUUGCUUUUGUGUCCUGACUGAGCCUGAUGUAGCUGAAGAGAGGAAAACUGACUAGAGGUCAAAGAUGACUUCCCCUGAGACCUGGAAGUCUGCCCACCUGUGGCCAAAGCCACCAAAAUCCCGAUAACAAGACUAUGUGGGCCCAACUCCUGAAUUAAAGGAGCCUGUGGACCUACAACAUACAAGGGGCUCAGAGCCAGUACUCACUCUCAUUGACUGGGAGAAAACCUGCUUCAACUUCAAUCUGGCUACUCAGCAGACUGCAUGAGUGGAAGCAACUCAUUCUGGUGCUCAGGCUGGACUUCAGGACCCAAGGCAGGCCAGAGCAGCAGGUCUGGCCUAAUGGACCUUCCAGUAUGGGCAGGACGGCUGCAUUGGCAGGAUGGCUGCAUUGGAUUAUACAACUGUUUGUGCUGACCCUGACGUUUAUUCCGGACCCAGAAGAACCUGCUGGCUUGGCACACCUCAUGGGCUUCUUAUCCUCAGGUUUUGGAAUUGGUCAAUAGUAAAGAUAAGAACUAUGAGGUAGUCUCCCUUUCUGACCGUUCUUCUCCACCAAACUAGCCCAGUCACAGACAAGGGAAUAACAUUGGUCAUAUACUUGUUCAAUAACGAUUUAAGGGAGCAUGAUCACAGUUGCCUUAGGCAUGCACCUGUGAGAAUAUGGCAGGAACAUUCCUACCGUCAUGGGUUAGGGAUUAGUACGGCAAAUUCCUGCCUAACACUGGGAGUCUUAUGCAAAGGCUGACUUGCCUAAACUAUAAAACAUAAUUCCUGUCUGAGCCAAGCUGGCACCUAUCCGAGGUCUCCUCUAAGGCUAAUCCUUUGUAAGCAAAGUGCUUGUCUUGAGGAUCCCUGACCCUUAACUUUAACUUUCUCCACCAGAUAACCAGCUAAUUCCAGGAAUUUGCUGCCCCCCAGUGGCUUCUAGGGGAAGCAAGAGCCUCACACUCCAGGUGUCCUAGUACUUGCUUAGUGAGCCAUAUCAUCAUCCUCAUUUUUGGAUGGUCACAGCAUUCUUCCCCUCUGCGCUAGAUACAGACUUCUUCCAGGAACCUUUCUGUGGGAGCGAAGCCAGAGACUUCGUACAGCAUUCAAGCUUCAUGGUGGAAUUAAUUUCUGCCAGUUCUUUGUUUCCUUAAGUCCUUCUCCUGGUGUGCUAAUCCCUUUUGCAGUGGGUACAGUUUGUGAAGUUGUCUGCCCUUUAAUGUUGGCAAAACUUAAUGAGUACAUAAACAGCAGUGAGCACAUUGUA